AUGAAGCUAUCUUCAGUCCUUCUUUUAUCAACUGCAUCAGUCGCAGCGACUGGCGCGGGACCAAAGCCUAAGCCUCUACGCAGGCCCAACUUCGUUCUCAUCAUGUCAGAUGAUCAAGACAAGCAUCUAGACUCUCUUGAUUUUCAACCCGCGAUACAGAAACAAAUUGCCAAUCAUGGUACUAUGUUUGAGAGCCACUACUGCACAAUGGCACAGUGUUGUCCGUCCCGCGUCAGUUUUUUCACGGGUAGGCAUGGCCACAACACUAACAUUACGGAUGUUGCACCACCAUAUGGGGGUUAUCCCAUGUUCAUUGAACAAGGUUUCAACAAACAGUACUUGCCUGUGUGGCUGCAACAUGCGGGCUACAACACGUAUUACGUUGGAAAGCUUGUGAACUCCCAUAGUGAUAAGAACUACAAUAAACCAUACCCAGCGGGCUUCAAUGGAACAGAUUUUCUUAUCCAGCCAAACAUUUACAACUACAGAAACGCCUCCUUCCAGCGCAAUCAUGAUGAGCCAAACUUUCUUGACGACGCGGCUGAUAAUGUCGACAUGCGGCCUUUUUUCCUGCUCGCCAUGCCAAUCGGACCUCAUUCAGAGGUAGUUCCUACGGGUAACGGUGUCAUGUUUACACCACCAGUACCUGCAGAUCGUCAUUCACGUCUGUACCCAAACGUAACAAUCCCUCGCACAAAGAGCUUCAAUCCAGCAUCACCCAAGGAUAUCAGCUUUCUCAGAGACUUGCCACUGUUGAACUCGACCGUUGUUGAUUCCUUGGAUGAGUUCUACCGGCUGAGGCUGCGUGCCUUGGCUUCAGUGGACGACAUGGUCGAUGAAAUAUUUGCGAAACUUGAAAAGCGCCGACUUCUUGAGAACACGCAUGUCAUCUAUACCACAGACAAUGGAUUUCAUAUGGAUCAACACCGACUCCAAGCCGGAAAGACUACUUGCUACGAAGAAGAUGUCAACAUUCCUUUUAUGAUUCGGAUGAAUCACCCUACGAAUCAUGUCGACCUUGCUCCUACAAUCUUCGAUCUAGCGGGUAUUCCCUUACGUGAUGAUUUUGAUGGGGCACCAAUGCCCAUCAAAGACAAAGAUCAGAAGAAGCCCCAAACGUACGAGAGUAUCAAUGUCGAGUUCUGGGGGAUUAAUAGUGUUGAAGAGGGUCAUUACGGUGCCAAUUGUGAGGUUCCUGAAUAUUCCUUAGUAGGUUUUGAUCUUCGUUCUUAUAUCAUGAAUAACACGUACAAAUCUGUGCGCCUUAUUGGUUCAGGAUACAAUAUCAUGUACAGUGCCUGGUGUACAAACGAACAUGAGCUCUACAAUAUGCAUGCGGACCCUUACCAGAUGAACAAUAUUUACCAAUCCAAGGGCUACCCCCUUGGGAACUCAAUUGAAAAAGUAGUAUCCCGCCUCAACGGUCUCAUGAUGGUUCUCAGGCGUUGCCAGGGCCAGCAAUGCGUCUGCCCAUGGAAGACGCUUCAUCCAAAGGGUAACGUGAAGAGUCAUCCUGAUGUACUCCAGUCAAAAUAUAAUAGCUUCUAUGAGAAGCAAAUGCCACAAGUAUCGUUCGAUGAGUGUUUGCAGGGAUUUAUUAUCUCAAUUGAAGGCCCUCAGGUCCCGGCAAUGUUGGCAAGACGAAGGAGGACGCAGAUUAUGACUUCUUGA